AUGUUCAAUUUUUAUUUCAGAUUUCAUACUGUUUGCCUACUUACCUUUGUCAAGUAUUGCGAUGCAGUUUAUUACCUUGUGUAUCGCCAUCGACUUGCUUCAGCUAUCCGAACGAGUCAUACUUUUGUAAAUCUCGCUCGAAGAAGCUUUUCUUUGCACUGCUGCAAGGCGAAACAGACAUCUUGUCAGCAAGUGGCCGUUGGUGGAACAUCCAUCAGUUUGCGUUCUGCAUUUCUGGAUGUUUCUGGGUUGUCGAAAGCAAGGACCAAUGGACAAGGACGACAAUGUGUAGAAAUCUUGGUUGAGCAAUUUUUUCGAAUUGCUGCAAAUGUCUCAUUAAACGAGCCUGUCCUGUGUGUUGCCUUUUACAGGGCACUAAACAAAGAAAUAAAAGACGAGUGA